AAUGGCGCCUUCCAUUCAGUAUUCGGCGUGUUCCGGCAAUGCGCGCGCGCGUCUAUAUAAAAUCAAAAUCUAAAUGAGUGAAUACGAUUAGGUAAUAAGUUAUUUGUGCCUGUGUUUGUGUGGAAAUAUUGUACUGUAAUCUAGGCUCAAAUGAUCCUGAAUUAAGGUGAACAACAUUAUCUUAUGAGAAUUUCCACGUGACUGUGGAGUCGAGAAUGGUUUAGAUUCACAAUUAAACUACCUCCUAAACGGCUGGACAGAUUUUGCAAAUUUAAGACGUGUGUCCAGGACAACGUCUGUUGGGUCCACUAGUGAAUAUAUGUAUGUUUAAGUACUAAGAUGCUGAGUGUUUAAGCUGAAAAUUCGAAAUUGAAUUCCUGUACUACAAAUCGGUGAAGAGUAGUUAAUUGAAGUAAUGAAUGACGAGCUAACAUGAUUCGUUUUCAAUGCGCGCGCUUUUGAGAAUGACAGAUGUCAUUUAGGAGCAAAGAAUAAAGAUGGCGCAUAAACUAAAGAGUAACCACUACGUGGCCACGCACCGGUCUGGUGUGGAUUCGCCCUCUUCUGGGGCGUACUUGCAUCGAGCUUCCUCGAGGGAAGAGAACGACAGUCACAGGGCGCCUUCUGAGAGGACUUUAUCCGAAUAUACGACGAUGGAUGAACGGGCGCGCUCACCGUCGCGGUCGGACCGCCACGCUCGUCGGCACCCGAACGCCGCUGACUCCGCCUCCGACGUGUACGUCACCAGCGGUGCCUACCGACCACCCUCCGAUAUCAGUCGCCAGUCUCGCGCUCCUCGGAGUCACUAUUCCUACAGAAGCGGAGUCGCUCCAUCUGUCGCCUCCACUCACAGAUCGAAGGUCUCGAGAAAGGCCGGAAUGAAGGUGGAAGCAAUGGCGGCCCCGAACCCCUUCUGCCCGAACGUGAAGGGAAUGUGCUGCCUUAUGCUGCUCCUCAACCUGGGCCUUAUUCUGGUCACACUCGGCUUCGUUAUCGUGCUGCAAUUUUAUGAGCCAUUAUUCGUAUGGAUCCUGGGAAUAGUCUUCCUCGUGUUCGGUUUUAUAACACUCGUAGGAAGUCUCAUCUACUGCGUGGUUCUCUGCAGGGAGAACCCCUACCCUCGAUAUCCAGACGACUUCUACUGGACACACCACUGGUCGAAAACUAUUGGACCAUCGGAAAUACAUUACAGUUCCAGCGAAAAGCCUUACAGACAGAAUGGGCACAGUGACCGAUAUAAUAAAUACAAUGGAAAAUAUUCUGAUCGGGAGAGUGCAAAGGGAUAUUCUGAUCGAGAAAGUAAAUUAAGUAGGUACUGAGUGCGAAUUGUUGUUUCGACGCAUAUAUUUUAUCUGUGGUACUUAAUUAUUAAUGACAGCAAUACUGGCGGGGAUAUAAUCUGGAACUAAUAUAAACUUUUAAUUGUACCUGUUAAUAUUAUCUUCUUAGCCGGUGGCAAAUAUGUAAUAAAUACAAAUAGUGACCCAACUGCGAUCGUGCCGAUUUGCCCUAUUGCUAAUCGGUAGGUACUCUUUGUUAAGGGUGUCACGUACAUGAAAUGUGUUUCAAGCGUUUGGUUUUCUCAUAUCUCAACACGAUUUUGGUUGUGGUUUAUGUAAUACCUACUUAUAAUCUAUUGGCGCUUAUGAGAAAACGAAGGGUUUCAGAUCAGUUACACAGAUCUUAUAUAAUCCACACACACAUUAUGGAUUAACAAUAGGUAUUAGGAGUAUUCUGGGCCAUAAGGUUGAUGCCCUACUUGUACGAUAGAACUCCAAAAAGGAAUAGUUUUUAUAGUAUAUAAGUAUAAAAUUGUAUUUUUAAAACAUUAACUAUUCAAAUAGCUGUACUGUAUCACAGUAACUUGUCAAAACGUAGUCUAAUUUUUAAACUAUUAGAAGAAACUGGAAUUCUUUAAAAAAAAGUUGUGAUUAUAUCUGUUAAUAUAAUAGCUAUGUGUAUCUAACAUGUAUUGUACAAUUAACUUUAAUGUAAAUAAUAAAAUAAGAUAUUAAAUGCCAUAUUAAAUGUAAUAUAAUGUUAUUAUAAGACGCUGACAAUAAUUAUUAUGAAUAAAUUAAACGUAACCUGAGUUAUAUAUUUUAAUAUUAUAUUAAAAAUAUAAAUGGCGUUAUCAACUGAUUGCAAAUUUAGAAUGACACAGAAUUUGUCUAUUACCAAUGAAAACUUAUCAUUAUGAAGAUGUGCAUUCAUUGUGAAACUAUUAAUCCACGUCUUAAUUCAUUUAAUUAAACUAAAACGAAGAUAAUAUUAUGUUUAAGUAAUAAAAGAAAUACUCCCGUCUAUACACAAAAUAAUUCUUGCAUAUACAAAUUGAUAAUAUCCCGAAAAUAGACAAAUCACAAUCAUACUUGUACUUAAUCAUACUUGUUGAAGUUGUUAUAGCUAUAGAUGGACUACUCGUAUAAGCGGCAUAAUAUGUCCACCUAAUAUGCAUUUCAUUAAGAUGCGAUAUUAUAUUAAUAUAUAAGAAUAUUGUAUGUAUUAAUUUAACAGAAUGGUUCUAAUAAAUAUUAUUUUACAAUUA